GGUUUAAAACUCGGGUAUACUUCACUUAAAUGACAGGAAACCAUAGCAUGUGGUCCGAGGGCAGUAUUGAUCCAGGAAGUGUGAAUGUGCACGUUUGGCGCAGUCAUAGUUGAACCGCAUUCUGACGCACAACCAGGUGUGAACAGAACAACAUUUUGUUGGGGGGGGACUACACUUGGUUUUUAAUUUGUUUUUGGCGCAACACGCAUGCAGCCGCUGUUCUGUGGGGAAAAUCCGGGAUUCUUUUAACCCGGGACACGAGUCUGAGCUCGAGCUUUGGCUUGAAAAGAGACGGAGCCCGCGUCAGAGCCCGAGGCAGCAACAGGAGUGUGGAUGUUUUAGGACCACAGCAUGUUUGUGACUGUGUUGCUGCUUCUGGGAGCUCUGUGUGCUCACAAAGGACAUGGACAGGAGAGCGAGGCCACACAGAGGCCUGGCCACGUGUCAGUGGUUAUUAUUGGGGCCACGGGUGACCUGGCGAGGAAGUACCUUUGGCAGGGCUUCUUCGACGCCUACGUCAAACAGGUCAAAGGCGGAAACACCUUUUCCUUUUACGGUGGAGGACAGUCGCCGUCAGACAAGGCCACACCGCUCAUGUUUGAGAUCCUAAAGGGGGUGUCGUGCCCGAAAGACAUGUCUCAGGAGCGAUGUGCUCUUCUGAAGGACCAGUUCCUUCGACUCGCACAGUAUCGUCAGCUGAAGACCCUCGAGCACUACCAGGACCUGGCCAAGCACAUUGAGAAAAAACUUCAGGACGAGGCAAUGACGGAGACAGGGAGGCUCUUUUACCUCUCGGUGCCAGCUUAUGCAUACGCAGACAUUGCAGAUAAAAUCAAUCAAAGCUGCAGACCAACCAUUGGGGGGUGGUUGAAGGUGGUGCUAGAGAAACCUUUUGGGCACGACCUCACGAGUGCUGAAGUUCUAGCAUCUCAGCUUGCGAGCUCCUUAAAGGAAGAGGAAAUGUACAGAAUUGACCAUUACCUGGGCAAACAGGUGAUAGCAAAGAUACUUCCAUUCAGAAAAGAAAACAAGAAGUUUUUGGAUCCCAUUUGGAACAAGCACCACAUAGAAAGAGUGGAGAUUGUGCUGAAAGAGACCCUGGAUGUCCAAGGCCGCAUGUCCUUCUACGACCAGUAUGGCGUGAUCAGAGAUGUGAUACAGAACCACCUGACUGAGGUCAUGAUGCUGUUGACCAUGAGGCUUCCCUCGAAUCUGAGCAGCAGUGAGGAAGUCGUUCAAAACAAGUUGCGGAUCCUCGACUCGCUGCUGCCCUUGGGGAAGAAUCAGGCUGUGAUCGGUCAGUACCAGGGAUACAACUCAGAGGUUCAGCUGGAGCUGAAUAAGACCAAAGAUCACAUCAGUCUCACACCAACAUAUGCAGCUGUAUUGGCGCACAUUGAUGAGGCCCAGUUUGAAGGUGUGCCAAUUCUUUUAAUCUCAGGGAAGAUGUUGGACAAACGCGUGGGAUAUGCACGCGUCGUUUUCAAGAAUGACAUCUUUUGCCUUCAAAACCAAAACGGCGUUCACUGCAAACCCAGACAGAUCAUUUUCUACUUUGGCCAUGGCAGCCUCCAAUAUCCGGCAAUUCUUGUAAGCAAGAAUUUGUUCAAGCCGGUUUUAAUGGACGCAGAGUGGAAGGAAGUGACGGAGCAUAGUGACGUCAGUGUUUUAGGUCUGCCCAUUUCAGACUACUAUGUGCACACUCCAACAAAGCAGCACGAGGCUUAUUCAGAACUGAUUGCACACAUUUUCUCAGGGCAUAAGAAUAGUUUCAUCAGUAUAGAAAACCUGCUGUCUUCCUGGAGUUUAUGGACACCUCUGCUCAGUAGCUUAGACAGCGCUUAUCCUCGCAUCUAUCCUGGUGGGGAAGACAACGGGCACAUGUUGGACAUCCACCUGAAAGGGAUGGACAUUAGCUACAAAAGUGAGGUGGUGAUAAUCAGCCCUGAUCAGACAGCCGGUACGUCAGCCAACAGCGCCAAAGUCUUACAAGGCAAAUUCUGUAACGCUGACAUGGUGUCUGCCUGGUCUGAGGAGUUGGUGGGACAGCUCGCUGUAGAUAUGCAGGAGGCAGCCGAGGCGGCGGUGCUCGAGAGCGGCGUUUUCCAUCUCGCCCUAUCGGGCGGAUCCACCCCGCUCGCUCUGUUCCACAGGUUGGCCCUGCACCACUUCUCUUUCCCCUGGAGGAACACUCACGUGUGGAUGGUGGACGAGCGCUGCGUGCCACUGGCCGAAGUGGAGUCAAACUUCCGCACGCUGCACGACCACCUGCUGCAUCACGUGAGGAUACCGUAUUUCAACAUCCACCCGAUGCCGGUGGAGCUCAACCAUCGUUUAUGUGUGGAGGAGGACAGAGGCGCGCAGAUUUACGAGAGCGAUAUCAGGACGUUGGUGAAUGGAUCCAGCUUCCACUUUGUGCUGUUGGGAGUCGGCUUUGAUGGACACACGGCCUCGCUGUUCCCUGGUGCUAAAGCAGAGGAACAUGGGCAGAGUCUGGUGGCCCUCACCGAGAGCCCCGUCAAACCUCAUCAGCGCAUGAGCCUCACCUUCACAGCCAUUAACCGGGCCCGCAGAGUGGCUCUCCUCGUGAUGGGAAAGGGCAAGCACGAGAUGAUCACUCAGCUGAGCAGACUGAAGAACAGCACAGACAGAUGGCCCGUCACCAACGUGAAGCCUGACAACAACAGACUGGUGUGGUACAUAGACUAUGAUGCUCUCAUAGGAUAGAGGUCUUAUGUCUUACUUUUUAGUCAAACGGCUGCAUUGAUUCAGCAGCUGGUUUUGAGUGGAGAAUGUGAAAUGUCUAUCUGUCUGUCUGUCUUAAACCAAAAUUGAAUGACCCAUUUAUUGAGACAAUAACCCACGAGUCAUAUUCCUGAAAUGAAUGCACAAGUUCACAUUUAAUAUAGUACACCCUGCUAAUACAUGGCGUGUUUCCACUGGCGCUACCCGACUCGCCUCGGCCUCGGUUCUUUUGCUUUUCCAUUAGUGAUAGUACAUGGUACUUUUUUUUUCUUUUUUUUUGGUACCUGCUCUGGCGUAGUGUGCCCGAUUCCCAUUCCAACAUACACUCAUUUAUUGUGAACUUAUUAUAACCAGAGUGGCUGUGUGUUUAAAUGUUGAUAUCAGAUCUCAGGUAAUUAUGUGACAGCGACUACAUUAUUAUCGAUUGUCCAAACAACAAAUACUGUAGAGUUAAUUUGUUUGCAUUACAUCAAAUCACAACAUUAUCUUAAGGCACUUUACACAGUAAAGGCAUUACAUUACAAUAACAAUCAGGUACUCCAAAAUAUGAGUUAUGCUUCAGUCAAGAGAGCAUGUUCACAUCUUUAGAGUAAAUCCUCAGGUAAUUUUUCCAGUUUUAGUUUGAUUCAGAUUGAAAAAUAAAUAAUAAAUAAAUGCAAAUUUGCACACACUUAGGUCUUAAUAUGGGUAAACAGAGACACUGAAGGGAUGGACACAGUGUGGAAUACUUUGUACUUGUGGUAAAUUAUUUCUCUCUGCGCUGUAACAAACAUUUUCAUGAACAUUACCAUGAAUCACACUGGCUCCGUAUUAUUUGCAUUUAAAAAUGUUUUUAAUUCAUUUUCGCCUGUGAUUUUCUUUUGUAAUUUUCCAUUUAGGAAAUUGCAUCUGUGGUGAAGAAUAAAAUGUAUUCUGACGACAGGUAUAAAACAAAUUUACCGGAUGCACAGGCCGGACUUUCCACAUUUUUGAUUUAGAGUAGAUUGUUGUCGGCACAUCUGUUUCCCCAGUUUCCUUUUAUGUACGAUCACUUGGAGAAAAGGUCAUAGUUCAGGAUUUUCAUUAGAUUACUUUUUAGUUUUUUUCCACCCACUAUAAUUUGUUUAAUGUAUUUUUCCAAUGGGAUAACAUCUAAAACUUUACAUCUCUAUUUCACAGGAGGUGGAAAGUAAAUAAUUACAUGUACUCGUUACUGUAAUUGAGAGAAUAAUAAAUGAAUGUCAUUUUUAAAAUUUGUGGGUGUGACAGGGUGUGACACCGCCUUCCAUGUGGAGAAUAAACCUAUAAAAGGUGGAUUCUGUUGUGCUUGACACAAUCUGUUUGCCAUGCACAAAUAAAAGCAAACUGACCGACA